AUGGAGGAGACACCGAUGGCAAGGUUCGUGCUCCGAAGCUCGAGCAACCGAAAACAAGCCAUCAAGCUACGGAAGUCUCUGCUCAUUUUUGGCCUCACGCAGAUGGACAUGGUGGAUGUGUUCGCGCGUAAGGAGAUCUUGUCUCCUCGGACAGCCACCGCUGCUCAACUCCAAAACGUUCCAGCCCCGACUUUUGAGCUACCAAACUUGGAAAACGGUGAUGGGCAGGUUGCAGUGACUGAGGUUGGGAUGUUUAACGAACCAAACAUUUCUCAUCGCGGUCAUGAGAAGAGCGGUGCUGACAUGAUAGGCGAUGAUGGACGGGUGAAUGCCAGAAGCAACCAUCCUGAUUGGCGGUCGAAAGAUACGAGAAGAUUGUCAGCUGUAGGGCUAGAAAGGCUCCAACAUCAGGCCUUCCACCGCAUCAAAUAG